GCGGGCGCAGCGGGCCAGGCCCCGGCCGGCGCACGCCCGUCGGAGGGCCCAGCGCGGCGUUGAGGGCCAUGGAACCGUGGCCGGGGGGCUGCACAGCAGCGGUGGCUGCGGCUCUCCUCCUCGUGCUGCUGGGUGCCCGGGGCCAGGGCAACAUUCCCAGCCCCAGGUGUGACUGUGCCCACAACUUACAGAAGAGGAAUGGUCUGUUCUGUUGCAGGGGCUGUCCAGCAGGGCACUACCUGAAGGCCGCUUGUACAAAGCCUUGUGGCGACCCCACCUGCCUUCCAUGCCCCCAGGGCACCUUCCUGGCUAGGGAGAACCACCAUGAGACCCGCUGUACCCGCUGCCAGGCCUGUGAUGAGCAGGCCUCCCAGGUGGCCCUGAAGAACUGCUCAGCAGUGGCGGACACCCUCUGUGGCUGCGAGCCAGGCUCGUUCGUGGAGUGCUUGGUCAGGCACUGCCCUGACGGCUCACGCUUCCGCUGCCUUCCAUGCCCAGACUGUGGGGCCCUGCACCGCCACGCGCGGGUGCCCUGUUCUGGCAGAGACAUCGGCUGUGGGACCUGCCUGCCUGGCUUCUAUGAAUAUGGCAACAGCUGCGUGUCCUGCCCCACCCCACCCCCUUCCCUUACAGGAGCACCCUUGGGAGCUGUCCUGAGCCCUGUGCGGCUGUCUGUGGCUGGAGACAGAGUAGGUGUGUUCUGGGUCCAGGUGCUCCUGGCAGGCCUGGUGGUCCCACUCCUGCUUGGGGCCACUCUGACCUACACAUACCGCCGCUGCCAGCCUUGCAAGCCCAUGGUUCCCGAGGAAGCUGGGAUGGAGGCCCUGAGCCCUCUACAGGUCACCCACCUCACACCCCCAGACGGCACCCACACCCUUCUGGUGCCACCCAACAGCAGUGAGGUCUGCGCCGUCCAGUUGGUAGGCAACAGCUGGACACCUGGCUCCCCUCAGACCCAGAAGGCGCCCUGCCCAGAGGUGACAUGGCCCUGGGACCAGCUGCCCAGCAGAGCUCUUGGCCCUCUGCCACCGCCCACGCCGUCGCAAGAGCCCCCUGCAGCCUCCGGGGCCGCCAUGCUCCAGCCGGGCCCGCAGCUCUACGACGUCAUGGACGCGGUGCCUGCGCGGCGUUGGAAGGAGUUCGUGCGCACGCUGGGGCUGCGCGAGGCGGAGAUCGAGGCCGUGGAGGUGGAGGUCGGCCGCUUCCGCGACCAGCAGUACGAGAUGCUCAAGCGCUGGCGCCAGCAGCAGCCCGCCGGUUUGGGCGCCAUCUACGCGGCCCUGGAGCGCAUGGGGCUGGACGGCUGUGCCGAGGACCUGCGCAGUCGCCUGCAGCGUGGCCCGUGACGCGGGGGCCCGCCCGCCAUCUCUGGGCUCUGGUGGCCCUUGCAGAAGCCCUAAGUACGGUUACUUAUGCGUGUAGACAUUUUAUGUCACUUAUUAAGCCCCUGGCGCCGACCUGUGUAGCAGCGCCAGCCGGCCUCAGCUCUGGUGCCCCCAGGGUGCCAGUUAAGGCAAAGAAUCCUCAACGAGUAUCGGGAGGGUGUCAAGAGAUUGCCCAGCUGUUUGUUGGGCUGAGUUUGGUUGAGCCCUCGGUAUUAAACCUAUGAAGAAAA